AUGUUCACCCAGAAAAACAAAUCCAGUCUAUGGGUCGAGACAUUAAUAAACCCAUUUACAAUCGGACCAAAUACAGGACCACUAUAUGGACCAAAUGAGAACAGAGCAAUACCCAUUCCUCGUUGCUCUUUAGACCAGAUAUCAGCGAUUGUACCACCUGCUAAGGACAGGGCUGAACUAGCGAAUACACCGCAAAGAAAGCGACAUACGAGUAGAGCACCAAUGUUUGGAGCAAGUGCACAGGGGAUAUUGAAGAUGGUAUAA